AAUGUUAUAGUGGGGGAAUUUGAUUUAAGAAAAAACAGUUUUGUAAUCAUAUGUUCUACCCAAAUACCCCAGCUCAAUAUAAUGGAAUUUUGAAAUAUUCUGGUACUUAAAUUAACUUUUCCAGAACUAGAUUUUCGAUGGGUUAAUGAAUAAGCUGUGUGGACUUGGCUUGCUGUUGACUUUUCCUGUCCUAUGCCGGCGCUUGUUCAAAUUCUUUUUUUAUAGAUGGCUUUUUGGACAUUGUCUUGACGCAUGCUGGAUCUCAGCAAGCAGCAUCAACAUGGACCUCCUGAAAGGAUCUUUGGACAGGAAGUUGCAACGACCUUUGCUGGCAAAGUCUCGAACCCUUCCCAGUAUUCCACAGUCGCCAACUGUUACAAGAGCGCACAAAGAAUUGUUAUCUGACAGCAAUGAUGGCAGAAGUCAGAGUAAAUUGUUACUUGCAACUGAAAGUCAAAAGGGAUAUCGAGUGCCAUCAUUUGAGAAGACCUGGAGAAGAGAGGAUGAUGAGGAUGAAGUCACUGAAGAUACAAACAAACCGUGGAAUUUGGGAACAGAAAUCAAUGAAUCACCCUUCACAUACUUCAGAUCCAGAUCUGUCUAUAUGAGGAAGAGUAUAUCAGUGGAUGAGCAUCUUGGCUGGUUGGAGUAUUCACAGGAUCCUUCAGAGAGCAAAGUGGAGAAAGUGAAGGUCAAUCUCAGAAGAAAAUUUAGUUUGGGAUCAGCAGACAAGAAAGAUUCACUUCAGAAAAGGUUGGAAAGCAGUAAAUUGAAAUUUACUCAGCGGUUUUGCCACAAGGAAAGGUUCAGCCAACAUGAGAGUGCAGUGAAUGAGCAGUUCCUCUCCCACCCCCGCCCACGAUCGCUCAGUUUAGACUGGUCCUCAUCUCCCAAGAUGACACAGCAGAUGCGGGAUCUCCAACUGAUUCAUGGGAAGAAGCUAGUCUCUCCAUCCUCUCCUAAUGCAGCAAAGAGGUUAUACCGAAAUCUAUCGGGAAAAUUCAAAGUUAAUUAUACUUCAUUUGAUGAAACAAACUUGAUAGGACGGAAUGAAAAGAAUAAGCAGCGGAAGUCUUGUGUGAAUUUUCAUAGUAAUGAGGCGGUCUUUGAGGCUGUGGAACAGCAGGAUCUUGAUGCUGUCCAGAUGCUCCUAAAUCUCUACAGCACAGAGGAACUGGAUUUGAACACACCAAACAGUGAAGGGUUGAUGCCUUUGGACAUUGCAAUAAUGACUAACAAUGUGCCCAUGGCCAAGAUGCUUCUGCAGGCUGGAGCUAAGGAGAGCCCACACUUUGUGAGUCUGGAGAGUCGGGCCUUACACUUGGCAACGUUGGUGCGAGAGUCUGAGCAGCGUGUGAGUGAGUUAACUACACAGGUACUGAAUGAGACACCAAAUGCAAAUUACACAGACAAAGAGAAACAGCUGAAAGCCUGGGAGUGGCAUUACAGACUGUUCAAACGGAUGAAAGCUGGCUUUGAGCAUGCACGAGCUCCAGAAGCACCAACCCACGUGCAGUUAUCUGUAGCCAGUAGCACCUCAUUGCAGGUGACAUUCCACGAACCGCUCAGUGUCAACUCUGCAGUUGUCACAAAAUAUAAAGUUGAAUGGAGCACUUCUCAUAUCUUCAGUUCAAUAACAGGAGAAGCCUUAUUGGAUGACAUGAAAACUCUACUCUAUACAAUGACAGGCCUUAUCACAGGAAUUUCCUACUAUGCCCGUGUGUCUGCCUAUAAUAUGAAAGGCUGGGGGCCCCCACAGAUAUCCACCCCUGCAUGUGCAACACCUUCUAACUGGAGACAAUGCAAUGGUAAGGAAGUGAAGCAUAGUGGCCAGACAGAGGCAUUGGAUGUGUUGCUGAAUCAAAUCAAAAACAACCGUCAACAUUGUCUGUGCCAUGAAAACUCAAAAAUUCAUCUACAGGGCCGUAAACAUUCUAUGUCCAAGAGCCUGAAACACCUUUUUCAAUCAACAAGCAAAUUUGUUAAAACUCUCAAGCGAGGAUUAUACCUAACAGUGAUAUUCUACAAGGAUAAUGACAUAAUUGUGACGCAUGAAGAACAAAUUCCAGUCGUAGAGAUGGAUGAUUCAUAUUCAAGCUCACUGAUGCAAGAUUUUCUUUGGUUCACAAAGGUAUCAUGUAUGUGGGAAGAUAGUCGAUGGCUAAGUCAAUGUCUGUGUCCCUCUUUAUCUUCGUGCUCGUCAGUAUUACAGGCUCGUCAUAAGAUGCUUGUAGCAGUUGCUCAACUUCAGGGACUGCUGGGAACCCAAAAUCUUGGCCAGGUGUACUUCGAACCCAUCAAAGACAAGCAUGGCAAUGUACUGAUCGUGACCCUGAAGGAACUGGGCACGUACCAGAGUCUAGAGAGUGUCAGAUGGAUUCCCCUGUCUAAGUUCCAGACUCAACGCAAGUCACUCUCCUCUUCAGAAGAUCCCACUGCACUGGAUAUGUUGCUGUUAACUCUCCAUGAAAAGCUGGCCUAUCAUAGGAGAAGUAAUCAGGCCCUUUCUCCAGGACUUUAUCUUGGUUACCUAAAGCUCUGCAGCUCAGUUGAUCAGAUCCAUGUCCUUGUCCCUCAGAAGCUACCCAAUGUCCUGUGUCAUAUCAAGAUAAGAAACAAUCACAAUGUUUCCAGAGAUGAAUGGGAGUGGCUCCAGAACCUUUCAGCUUUGGAUGAGACCAAUCUAACAGAUCCAAAUGAAAGAUGCUCCCAGAUCCUCUUCCAGCGAGAACUCAGGGUAGCCAUUUCAGAACUGGUGAAUCAGAUUGGCAUUUCACUGGAGCAGGCCAAAGAUUUCAGGCUGUACAGCCAAGAGGUGUUGGAUUUUGCAGACAACCUGUCCUUCCUUCUCCUUUUGCCGCCAUCUGAUGACGUGUGCACAGCCCCAGGACAAAAUAAGCCCAACCCUUGUUCAGGGUUCCUCACACUACCACUACAGAUUUUUGAACUGGUGCACUUCUCCACCUAUGACAAAGCAUUCAUCAGCCAGUAUUGCCAAGUCUCAGCACUGCUGGAGUUAGAUUUGCUGCUUUCCCAGCAGGCACUGAGGGAGGCAUUUUCUGAUUCUGAGGUAGUGGCAGCCAAACAGAGGCAUCAGCAAAUCCAGGACUUUAUUCAGCAAAUGGAGGAGAUCUGGCGGGAUAUGCGCUGGAUAAUGGAUGUUCUACAGUAUGCAAGAUACAAACAGCCUCCUGGGGGCAUUCGAUUGACCUUGCUGAUGGAUUUUACCACAGAUAUAAAAAAGGACAAUCUGCAAUCUGUUUCAGCCAACUUAGAUUACUUGCCCUCCCCAACGCCCUCCCCAGAGACUAAUCGCAAACAUCCCACUGACUCACAUGGGAUAUCAGAUGAGGAAGGUUCUUCAGAGGUAUUUUUGGCCACUGACAGUGAUUAUGACUCCAGCAGAGCUCAGAGCCCUCGAGAGGUGGAUCUCAUCUGUUUAUCAGCCCUUGACUGCAGCAAAAGAUCUAGUCACAGUCUACAUGAUGGUGCUCCUGAUGUUCUUCAAGCACAUGAACUCAAAUCCCAACAAGUAAGCAGCAGUCAUGAGGACACAAGGCACACACCGCUUUAUGAUAGUGAUUUUGUGCUUCCAAGCAGACAGCUGGAGCUUUUGCAUAUAACAGAAAAAAGACAAGCCUACUGUGUCAGAACAAGCAGCUUUGAUAUUCCAACUCAAACUUUCCAUGUUCAAAGGAAGUGUUGGUCACGACCUGAAUCCAUGGAUGAAUGUUCAACAGAACAAAAAUCCAGAGAAUCAAGUGUAAAUGGACAUAGGCCCUCUGUGUGCUUCAAAUCAAACACCCCUCUUCAUUCUGAUGAUAUUUCACGAUUAACAACUCAUUCCAGAUCCCAAGAUUCUGCAGACUGGAUUAAUCCUCCUCAAGAAUCCCUGCAGAAAGAAGAACAAAUCUAUGAAGGGAAUAAACCUCAUUCUGUGAGUUUAAGAGUUUAUCCCCAGUACAAUACAGGAUUGUCCAAGGAAAUAAGUGUCAAGCUUCAUGUCACAGGCAGUACAUCAGCACGAGAGAUUGUUAAGCUGGUGAUAAGGGAAACAAAUGAGACAGCAAUGAAAAUGAGUGGAGAUAAAGAUGCCCAGUUUUACAGAGAUGAUCAGCUAGAUCACUUUGGCCUGGUGUUAUCCAUGGACAACACAGAGAAAUGGCUACAUGAUGACUUUCUGCCCCUUUCCCUACAGAAUCCAUGGACCAAGGGAAGAUUAUAUGUUCGUAUUAAAGAGUAUUCUCCCCUAUCAUUGCAAUAUGGAAAAGCAACAGCUGUGUGAGAUGUAGAUGAGCUACAUUAUUGACAGAUGACCACUUUUUUUUCCUUCUGAAGAGCAUUAUGGUACCACAACAGGAACUCAAGACCAAAAGAUGCAGCCUUGCUAAGGGCUAGAUAGGAAUUUAAUUCCUUGUCUUACCAAAGACAGAGCCUUUGUAUCAAAAUUAAAAGAUGAAUGGAGAGUAGCAAAGAUUUUAGGAUAAAAAUCGGUCUAGGCUGUGGUGCAAAAUGGGUGUUAUUCUAUCAGCCAAUACACAGUGCCUGAUGCUCACUUCCUUUACCACUCACUUUACAUAGCACCUGAAAUGAAACUUUACAUUUUUGGUUCUACAAUUUCCAGGUUUUGAGGACUGAGGAGAGUUUUUUGGAAUGACUAUGAACCUCUCUGUGGAAGGUGAAAACAGGAAAGAAAAGAUUAAUCAUUAUUUAACACUGAUACUCUGUGUAACUUCAGACUUUCAAAAUACUUGCACAUUAAUCAAUUGCCUGGAGUACUCUGAAACAUGAAUCAUGAGACUAUCCAGUGGAGUCACUGAUCUUCCUGAAAUUUCCAAACUUUGAAGCUGCUGUAUGUUCUGCAUUUUGUCACAAUACGAAGCAGCCUUCCUCUUUUUGUUUACAAAUCUAUGGUUGUUGAUUGCAUCUAAGACCUAAUAGCAUGAUAUUAUGUUCAGAAGGACCACUGAGUAUCAUAUAAAAUGUUAUUUUGUGCUAAUUAUGGUCUAUAUGAAGACAAUGGUGUUUUUUUCUUGGUGUGUGUGGCACAAAUUUUAAAGUGUUUGAAAUGGGAUGCCUUUACCAAUCAGUACCAACUUGUUUGCUGCUUACGUGGUUCACAUUUAAUGAUGUCAGAUUCUUUCAGCAGUUUGUUGCAUUUCCAUCUCUAGAUUCCUGCAUCCGUUUGUCAACAGGCCAAAGUGCACACUCCAGUGACAUUAUUUAAUCUUACUUUCUCAAAUAAAUAUUAUUGUUAAAUACAUGGGCACAUUUGUGCUAAUGUGAAAGAAGAAAGAGCUGAAAAAACAUAUCCUGAUUCAAAGUUACAUCUUUGGCAAUUUUUGAAAAACUCCUUACUGUCUUUGGUUUGGCAUCUGUGUUUCUGUGGCAUGUCUUGGAUCAUCUUUCUGUUUGUUAAAAGGUUGCAAAUAUAGGCAGAAUGUAUUUGCAACAUGAAUUGAGCAAAUCACUGGCAUAGCCUGGCUUCAUGCAAGUUUAAGAGCUAUUAACCAUUGCCCCUUACACAUGGAUGCACCUCUGAGUGAUGAAAGGAAUUGCUUUGAGUAAGAGCAGUUUAAUUCAAAAAUAUUUUGUUGAAAUUCCUUCAUGGUCAGUACUUGAUUUGAUCCUAUCACCCCAAAAAACUAUGUCAAUGAACUAUUUCUGGAAGGUAUAUUGGCCAUAUAAAAUUAUGGAAAUAAAUGGAUUUUGUUCAACUUCUGAAGUCAUGCAGGACUUGAAAUGGUAACUCUGUUUCUCUCUCCAGAUGUUACGACACCAGUUAGGUUCUCCAACACUUGCUGCUUUUAUUUCUGAUCUCCAGCAUCAGUAGCAGUUUGUUUUUAUUUUAUAUAUUGUUGGUACACUUGACCAAUCAUUAUUCAAUUUACAGUUCACAUAUAUUGUAGUUUUGUAUAAAACAUCCAGUACCAGGUUACGUUAAAGAAAGCCACAUUAGACACUGUAACAAAUUAAAUCUUGAGUUAUCAUUGCUACCCCUCCAUUCAGCAGCAGAUUUGUAAAUUGAUAAACAGCAAUAGGCUUAAAAAAGAAAUGAGAAUCCUUGCUUUAGUGGGACAACUCCUUCCAUUCCCUUUCAAAAUCUUUCUUAGCUUGUUGGAAGCAAUUUUGAAAUCUCCAAGUGGAGUUCACCAGCAAAACUUAAACCAUAAGUUUCCCCUGUUAAAUCCUGAAGAAACAGUUUUGUUUUUCCUGACUGAACAAUGAUACACCAGACUCUUCACCAGAGGACUGAACAUCAUUGACCACUGCUACACAACCAUCAACGAUACCAACUGCUCAUACCCGUUUGCACUUUAGAAAAUCAGAUCACAACACUGUGUUCCUCCUGCCAGCUUACAAGCAGAAGUUGAAACAAGAGGACCCUUCACAGAAAGUAGUGCAAUGCUGGUCUAAGGUGUAAGAGUUUCUCUAGGGUUGCUUGGAAUCGGUGAACUGCACCAUAUUCAAGAAUUCAGCAGACAACCUAGACAAGUACAUCAUCACCAUCAUUAGCAAGUGUGUAGAGAACUGCGUGCCAAAGAAGUCAAUCUGUGUGUUCCCCAACUAGAAACUUUGGAUGAGCUAGGAAAUCCACUGCCUACUGAAGACCAGGUGCAUGGCACUCAAGUUGGACGGCUAUAGGAAAUUCAGAUAUGACUUCCACAAAACCAUUGGAGAUGCCAAGAGGCAGUACCGGACUAAGUUAGAGGCCCAAACUAACCACACAGACACCCGAUGCCUAUGACAAGGCCUCCACAACAUAUAAGGAUACACAAUGAAGCAGAACCAAAUAACCGUCAAUGUUUUCUAAGCUCUGUUCAAGCAGAAUGCCAGUGGCAUAGUGUCACCUGCCCCAACCACCUUAUUCCCUCUGUCACUGCUGCAGACGUGAGAUUGUUCUUCUUGAGAGUAAACUCGAGGAAAGCGACUGGGCCAGACAAAAUCUCUGGCGGUGCACUCAGAUCCUAUGCGGACCAGUUGGCAGAAGUAUUUGCUCAAAUCUUCAACUUCUCCUUGCUACAAUCUAAAGUCCCUGCCUGCUUCAAUAAAACCACCAUCAUCUCAGUACCAAAGAAAACACAUGCAAGGUGUCUCAAUGACUACUAUCCAGUGGCUUUGACUUCCAUAAUCAUGAAGCGCUUCAAGAGGUUAGUCGUGGCCCACAUCAAUUCUAGCCUUCCAACCUGCCUUGAUCCUCUGCAAUUUGCCUACUGGCAAAGUAGAUCCACAGCAGACGCCAUUUCUCUAGCCCUACACUCAUCCCUGGAACAUCUGGGGAACAAGCACAUUUAUGUCAGGCUCCUACUCAUCAACUAUACUUCUGCCUUCAACAGCAUAAUCCCAAUCAAACUAAUCUCAGAACUCUGAAACUUAGGUCUCAGCUCUGCUCUCUGCAACUGGAUCCUCAGCUUCCUAACCCAUAGACCGCAAUCAGUGAAGAUAGAUAACAGCACCUUCUCCAUGAUAAUCCUCAACACUGGAGCCCCGCAAGGAUGUGUACUCAGCUCUCUAUUGUAGUCCCUGUACAUGCACAACUGUGUAACCAAAUUCUAUAUGAACAACAUCCACAAGUUGCUCAUAACACCACCGUUGUAGGCUGGAUAUCAAACAAUAAUGGGUCAGAAUACAGGAAAGAGGUAGAAUGCUUGGUGUCGUGAUGCAAUAAUAACAAUCUCUUUCUCAGUUAGAAAAAUAAAAGAACUGAUUAUUGACUUCAGGAAAAAGGAGGACAUGCCCCCAUCUACAU